AUGGAGACUUUAGCAAGCAUAGCUAUCUUAGUACUAACCACAAUCUUCAUCUUUCUAUCACUCACAAUCUAUAUAACACUUAAAAUCUUCACCGGAAAAUCUAUACACACCAAGGAGUACUCUCCAGUACACGCCACGAUCUUCGACCUCUUCUUCCACAGAGACGACUUAUACGACUACGAGACAGAGAUAGCCAGAAAGAAGCCAACUUUCAGGUUUUUAGGGAUAGGACAGAGCGAGAUACUAACCGCUGAUCCUCGCAACGUGGAGCAUAUUCUCAAGACAAGGUUCGAUAACUACAGCAAAGGACAGAACAGUCGUGAGAAUCUUGGUGAUCUUUUGGGACACGGUAUCUUCGCUGUUGAUGGAGAGAGGUGGAGACAGCAGAGGAAGCUUGCGAGCUUUGAGUUCUCCGCUAGGGUUUUGAGAGACUUUAGCUGCUCUGUUUUUAGGACCAAUGCGUGUAAGCUUGUCGGUUUUGUCUCCGGGUUUGGUCUCUCUGGGGAGUCUUUUGAUGCUCAAGAUAUGUUGAUGAGAUGUACAUUGGACUCGAUCUUUAAAGUGGGGUUUGGUGUGGAGUUAAAGUGUUUGGAUGGGUUUAGUAAAGAAGGGGAAGAGUUUAUGGAAGCUUUUGAUGAAGGUAAUGAUGCAACUAGUUUAAGAUUUAUAGAUCCUCUUUGGAAGUUGAAGUGGUUUCUCAACGUUGGAUCACAAGCUAGACUCAAGAAGAGUAUUGCUACUAUAGAUAAGUUUGUUUAUAGACUCAUUACCACUAAGAGGAAAGAGCUUGCUGAGGAACACAACACUACUGUUAGAGAGGAUAUUUUAUCUAGAUUCUUAGUGGAGAGUGAGAAAGAUCCGGAGAACAUGAAUGAUAAGUACCUGAGGGAUAUAAUCUUGAGCUUUAUGAUUGCUGGGAAGGACACAACCGCUGCAUCUCUCUCUUGGUUUUUGUACAUGCUCUGCAAGAAUCCACUUGUUCAGGAGAAAAUUGUUCAAGAGAUUAGAGAUGUGACAUCGAGUCAUGAGAAAACAACAGAUGUGAAGGGUUUCGUUGAGAGUAUAGAUGAAGAGGCUCUUGAUCAGAUGCAGUAUCUCCAUGCAGCUUUGUCUGAGACCUUGAGGCUUUACCCUGCUGUCCCUGUGGACACGAGGUGUGCAGAGAAUGAUGACAUACUUCCAGAUGGACAUAGAGUGAAGAGAGGGGAUAAUGUCUAUUACAUAUCAUAUGCAAUGGGAAGGAUGACUUAUAUUUGGGGUCAAGAUGCUGAGGAAUUCAAGCCAGAGAGAUGGCUUAAGGACGGUGUUUUCCAACCAGAAUCACCUUUCAAAUUCAUAAGCUUUCAUGCUGGUCCAAGAAUCUGCCUUGGCAAGGACUUUGCAUACAGGCAAAUGAAGAUAGUAUCAAUGGCACUUCUUCACUUCUUUCGCUUCAAAAUGGCUGAUGAGAAGAGCAACGUGCAUUACAAGAGAAUGCUUACGCUUCAUAUCGAAGGAGGACUCCAUCUCCAUGCAUUCCCGAGGACAAGUACUUGAUUUUCACUAGAACACUUGCCACACUUUUAUAGUCCCUCCCUGCUUCAUGUAAACUCAACAACACUUGCUUACCCAAAAUAGUUAUACUGCCUGCAAAUUCUCAUAGAAGCCUAGCGUGUGGUUUAAUGUUUUUUUCUCUUUUUU